AUGAACGACAGUUUUAGCACGAAAUCUGCUUCUCCCACCAGAAUAUGCAUACCUCUUGUGACUUGUGACUGUAACAAAAAAAGGGAAGGUGGAAGCAACCAGCAGCCAGAGUAUGAACAUAUCUCAAUGAGUCUAAGUCAAGAAGAUGGAACAGUCAAGAAGAUGGUGGAGACGCUCAGGUCGGAUGGUUGUAAAGCCACGGGAGUCUACGAGGCUGCAGCCAGUGAGCUGGAACAGUCGAAGGCUCGUGUAGAGCUUCUAGAAGAGCUUGUUGGGAAACUCAAUGGUGAAGUUGAAGACGAGAAGGCAAAGGUAUCAUCAAUUGAAGCAGAAUUCGCCUCUGCGAAGCUUGAAGUGGAGCAGUUGAGAUCUGCUCUAGCUGUUGCUGAGAUGAGGCGGAACGAGGAUCAAGCUCAGAGCGCAGAGCAAGUAAAGCACGCUUGUGAGAUUGUGGAACAGAUCAAGUCCACAUCAGGGCAGAGAGAGGCUCAGUUGGAGGCAGAGCUUCGAAAAUGCAGCUAUGAAAUCGAGGAGCUGAGGUCAAACCUCAUGGAUAAGGAGACUGAGCUGCAGAGCAUCUUUGAGGAGAACGACGCCCUCAUAAUGCAGUUGGAGAACGCGUUAUCCGGCCACAGGGAGCACGAGCUGAGAGCAGAAAAUGAGACUAUUAAAGCACAAUACCAUAACAUAUCAGAGGAAAACAGAGCAUUGAGGAAAGAAAUGGAGGCUUACAAUAGCACGAGGAGCGAGGCUAUGUCAGAGCUAGAGGCAGCGAGAGUAGCAGAGAGGGAGGCGCUGGUGAAGGUGGGGUCCAUGACGGAGGAGGUGGACAGGAGCAACAGGAAGGCAGCUCGCGUUGCUGAGCAGCUGGAGGCAGCGCAAGCAGCCAACGCGGAGAUGGAGGCAGAGCUGCGGAAGCUGAAGGUGCAGUCGGAUCAGUGGAGGAAGGCAGCGGAGGUGGCUGCGUCCAUGCUAGCGGUUGGGAACAACGGGCACGCAGUGGAGAGGACGGGGUCAAUGGACAACAAGAUGAGGAACAUCCCCUCGUCCAACGCGGAUGAUCUUGAUAAUGAAAUGUUCAAGAAGAAGAAUGUGAAUGUGCUGAGGAAGUUUGGUGUGCUAUGGAAGAAGCCUCAGAAAUAA